AUGUCGAUUCCGAACGCCGGGAUCGGAAGACUGGUUGGCGUACGCGGCUAUUCGGUGCUCGUUCCUGGUCUUUGGAAUGGUCCGGGGCAGACUGGACCUACAAAGACAGAGAUAGACAGAUGGGGGUCUCUUGAGGACUUUCCGUCGACACAACCACAGCGCUUGAACGUGCUUUGCAACUCGCACCGUCACCGACUGACCUUCGAUGACGACCUAAAAGUCGCCAGUGUUGUCUUCCGCAUCAAUCCAGGCGCAGAAGCAAACAUCUUUGCCCCUGAAAUCGCCCCGGUUACUAUCGACCAGAUCUGGAGCACAGAAGCGCUGGCUUGA